AUGAAGAUGAAGUCGUUUCACCACGAAGAUGGAGGAGGAUUGGUGAUGAGCCACAUCGCUGAAUUCAAGAAGAUCGUCGCCGACCUAGUGUCGAUGGAGGUGAAGUAUGAUGAUGAGGACUUAGGUCUUUUACUGCUAUGUUCUUUGCCAAAUUCGUAUGUAAAUUUUCGUGACACCAUACUUUUGAGCCGUGAUGAACUAACCCUAAAGGAAGUUUAUGAGGCUCUCCAGUCUAGGGAGAAGAUGAGAGGCAUGGUGCAGAAUGACGGGACGUCGUCCUCCAAGGGCGAUGCUUUGCAUGUGAGAGGCAGAACUGAAAACAGAUCCUCCAAUGAUGACAAUGAUGGAAGAAAGAACUACGAAAGGAGAGGCCGUUCAAAGUCCAAGCCGCAUGGUAAUAAAAAGUUCUGUGUUUAUUGCAAGCUGACAAAUCAUAAUGUUGAGGAUUGCAGAAAAGUACAGAAUAAGGAGAAGAGAAAAACAAGUCGACCGGGGGAUGUUGUGCGGAUGGGAGAUGAUAACCCGUGUGACAUUGUGGGGAUUGGAUCAGUUCAGAUCAAGACUGAUGAUGGCAUGACACGAACGCUGAAAAACAUCAGGACCUGGAAAGUAAUGAUAGAAAGGCAAACUGAAAGGAAGUUAGAGGAGGAUUUACCUAUUGCUCAACGCAAGUCAAAAAGGACAAUUGCACCUCCUAAGCGUCUUAUUGAAGAGUGUAAUUUGUCUUACUAUGCUUUGAGUUGUGCUGAACAGGUGGAGAAUGUUCAUGAGCCAGCAACCUAUAAAGAAGCUAUUCGUUGUGGUGAUACUGAGAAUUAG